AUGGCCGAAGCUGCACCUGUAUCUCGCGUGGAGCUGGACGAAAGAGCAGUGAGGCCUCCGCGGUACGGCGUCCCCGCUCCAGACCGAGCAGAGGCGAUAGCGGCAGGCUCUCUCAGUAACCUUUCGUCAAGUCGUGGGGGAUCAAGAGGCUCAACUUCCACGGAGAUCGAGUCCAGAUCCUCGUUCCUCAUCGCCGCGGUGGCCGAGAACCGCGCCCGUGUAAUCGGGAUUUGUGCGAUCGACUUAGUGUCGCCGUAUGAGCUGCUGCUGUGGACGGUGAUCGACUCGCACUCUUAUGUGGACACUAUGUCGCUGCUUCAAGCCUACCAGCCCGUCGAAAUUCUCGUCGUUGAGACAUCCAAAUCGCGCAAAAUCAACGAUGAAAUCGCGAAACGCUUCUCGGGAUCAAAUUGUCGUGUCGUGCCGCUUGCGCGGAAGUACUUUGAUCAAACGAAAGGAGCCGAAGAUAUCAAGCGUGUCAUGGCGAAUAACGUUGAUAUCAACAUUGGCAGGAACUACGUCGCCAUGGCCUCGGUGGCGUGCGUGAUGAAAUAUAUCGAAUACAUCCAAGGGGUGUACAUCGCUGAGAAGACCAUGAAGGUAGUUGUUCUCAGUCCCUCAACGCGCAAACUGCUCAUGGACCAAGCUACAAUUUCAGCAUUGGAGCUGGUUCAGGGCACACGAGGGAGAAACGACAGCCAGUCCCUCAGCAAAAUGCUCAACAAUACGCAAACCUCGGCUGGAAAUCGCCUCCUUCGAUCAACGAUGCUGCAACCGACCUGCCAUUUGAAAACGAUGUACUCCAUCUUGCGUACUUCUACUGCACGCCAAGAGGUUGUCGGGAUUUUCCUGGAUAACCCAGCUUGGUUUUUCGAUGUUAUGGAAGAGCUGCGCGACUUCAUCGACUUAGAUCGUCUCCUGAGUCAGCUAGUGUUUGUUCCGAAAAUUAUCACUCCACGAGUGUCAAGGAUCGCGAUCGGAAGUGUGAUAGCACUCAAGCACACUUUGGAAUGUCUGCCAAAGCUGGUUUCAUGCUUGGAGACUACGUCAGUCCAACUCGAUCGCCCGUGUCCACUUCUCGACUCGAUAAUUCAAAGGUACCGUUCUUUCGCUUAUGCGUAG